GCGGUACCRCCCACGUUGAGAACCGCUAGUCUACAUCCAACCCGAACAAGCCGUCUGAAGGUAGAGGGAAUCCUAAAACAGGAUUUCAUUUUGGGGCCAAAAUACAGCCUGGAACUUCACAGUAACCUGGAGAGUCUUAUGCUAACUGAUGUCCAACUUAUCUGCUGAUUAUGCUUUAAGCGUUUAUUUUUAACACACAGUUAAACAAAGUUUUGAUUAGCUCAUGGGAGAAAAAGACGGGAUUAAAUAAAAUUUUAUCAAAUGGAACAAACCCAGAAUUUAAUCUGAAUCAGUGCUGUCUUUCAUUAUAAAAGAAAAACCUAGCUGUUUUUAUUUUUGACAUAUUUAAUACUUUCCUGUUGCGUAAAUAAACGUGGAAUACAUUGUGAAUGAAUAGCUUCUGAAAGGAAUUUUGCAGACAGUACUAGAACCUUCAUGUUAUUUCUGGGGGCCUCAGCUCAGUCCACCCCCCACCUUAUCAUGUGGGCCUUAUCUGUGGCCCUUCCGCCCGCUCCUCAUUAACAUAAUGAUCCAGCUGCGCAGCGGGAGGCUCCCAGCGCCACAGGUGAAGAACCACACAGCUCCACUUCAGUCCCCUGGACCAAACAUGGCUACUCUGCUGGUGUUAGCUGUGUGGCUUCUCGGUCUGCAGGCUUUCUCGGACGCGGAGGACAGAAACACCCGAGAGCGGCAUUUCCUCAGCUCCCUCGGUCUUUCUGAGCGGCCGCAGCCCGCAGGGAGCCACCGACGCCCCGUCCCCUCCGAGAUGUGGAGGAUGUUCCGGAGGUCAGAGAGAAUUCAGGCCCGCGAUAGCGACCCCUGCACGGUGUCCGAGUACGGAGUCCGCGGCAACAUCAUCCGCUACGUUCAGGACCAAGGCAGGCUGGUGUCGGGUUGGAGCAGCAGCUGUCAGGCCUGUCUGGUGAAGCAGCUUUUCUUCAACGUGUCUGUCCUGCAGCCUGUGGAGCUGCUGUCUCUGGCUCAGCUGGAGAUCAAGCUCCACUGGAAGCCUCCGAGGCCCGCCGGGUUCCUGCGGGGGCCCCGAGCCGUCAGCAUGUCGCUCUACAAAGUGAUCCGAGCCACGCUGCGGGGAGCCGAUCCCCGGGCCAAUCGCAGGCUCCUGCUGUCGCAGUCGCUUCGGCCGCAGCUGGAGCCCGCCGCCAUCKCCAUGGACCUGACGCCGCUGGCGGAGAGCUGGCGCAGACCGGGCCACAACUACGGCCUGGUUGUGGAGCUGAGUCCGCCUCCCGGUGCGGAUCCGGAUGAGCUCACGCCUUUUCUGCCGGGCAACGCCUUCCCAUUGGAGGAACCCUGGACCCUCCCUCUGAUGGAGGCCUCUCUGGUGGUCGUGUCCCUGAACCCGCACCAGUGUCGCUCCCGGCAAAGGAGGAGCGCCGUUCACCUCACCGUGACGCCCAGUAAUGUCUGCAAGGCCCGUCGCCUCUACAUCGACUUCAAGGACGUGGGCUGGCAGGACUGGAUCAUCGCCCCGCCGGGCUACAUGGCCAACUACUGCCACGGCGAGUGUCCGUUCCCGCUGAGCGAGAGCCUGAACGGCACCAACCACGCCAUCCUGCAGACGCUGGUCCACUCUCUGGACCCGCAGGGCACGCCUCAGCCCGGCUGCGCCCCCAUCCGCCUCUCCCCGAUCUCCAUGCUCUACUACGACAACAACGAUAACGUGGUGCUCCGACACUACCAGGACAUGGUGGUGGACGAGUGUGGCUGUCGAUGAGACCGGUUACCAGUAGCAAUCGGUCCGCUUUUAAGUUCAGUUUUUUUUUUUUUUUGACUAAUGAAUGAGAUUCCCUUAUUGUCACCGCUGUUGGCUUAGCUGUGAAUAGAGCUUUUCAUGGCUUUUGUUUUAGUAUAGUAGUUGGCAAUUGUAAAUAGAAUAAUAUUUGUAUUUGUCCACAAAGAAGACAUUUUUAAUAAAGGCUAAUGUUAAAAAUUG